CAAGCCUUAAAAGUUUUGCUUCUCAUUGCAUGUGACACAAACAAGAAACCAAUAUUUCCCCUUACAUUAUUUUCCCUAUACCAUAAUGUCAACCCCAUCCAAUAGCCCAGACCGAGCUCGAGCCGUGUGGCGGUGGAGCCUUGCCUCCGCCUUUAGAACCGGCCUAGCAUGCGGAAUAGUGGGUUGCGCCUCUCUCUAUGGCCCAGCCUCUCUACGCCACCGAAUAGCUUUUCCUGCAUUCUCAUAUGUGACUGUUAUACUAAUAGGAACUGAUGCAACCGCAGGCGAUGCUCUCUACGGUUGCUGGCUAGCUAUGUAUGCUACGGUCCAGACUGUUGGACCUGCCAUGUUGAGUCUAUGGCUCAUUGGACCAGCUCGGUUCAGUAUUGGUACCAUAUCAGUAGCAGCGGCUUUAGCUGCAUUUACAGUGGUAAUUCCUGAAGGGACUCAUUUGAUAGCUAAAAGGAUUGCAUUAGGUCAAAUUGUUAUUCUUUACGUUGUAGCCUUUAUCAAUGGCGUCCAUACUGAGCCUAUCAUGCAUCCUCUGAAUGUAGCUGUUAGUACAGCCAUUGGAGUCUUGGCUAGUAUUCUUGCCUUGUUGUUGCCAUAUCCGAGAUUGGCCUGUUGGGAGGUGAAAGAAAAUUGCAAGCUCCUUGUUGAAAACGCUUCAGAGAGGCUAAAACUUUAUGUGAAGGCAUUCUGUGAACAAGACAGUGCAUUGGCAUUAUCUUCUAUCUCACAAUCCAAGUCUUUAGCUAUUGCUGGAACCAAACUUCUCCAGAGUAUUAAGCGUUAUCAAGGAAGCAUGAAAUGGGAGAGAUUUCCACUGGACUUUUUGAGGCCUAGUUACAAGAAUCCUGGAGCGAAAUUGCAAGAACUGGAGAUACCCUUAAAAGGAAUGGAAAUGGCAUUAAAUAGUAUGACUUCUUUUCCUGUAAGAAUGCUAGGAGGAGAAACAACCAAAGAAAAACUAAAAUUAGAAGACCAUGUAAACUUAACCGUAGAACAAAUCAAGAACUGUUUCCCUUGUGAUAAUUCUUUAACUGUUCCAGAAUCAAAAGCUGAAACAAUAAUUCAAUCCUUCCAAACUCUUCAAACAAUCCCAACAAACCACAACGACCAUCUGUCCUCUCUUUUCUUCUUAUUUUGCAUCAACCUCCUGCACUGCAAACCAUUACCAAACCCAAAGCAAGAAAACAAGGAAGGAGCAAGUAAUAAUUCAAGAAAGCAAGAAAGCCAUUUCAAGAACGUUUGGAGUAACUGUACUAUGAAUGUGAAUACAAAAAGGGUUUUACCAGCCGUCAAAUGUUCACUUUCUUUAGGUUUUGCAACUUUAUUCGGUUUAUUAUACAGCAAAGAAAAUGGUUUCUGGUCAGCUCUGCCAGUAGCUAUUAGUUUUGCUGCAGCAAGAGAGGCAACAUUUAAAGUUGCUAACGUAAAAGCACAAGGGACAGUUUUAGGUUCUGUUUAUGGAGCAAUUGGUUGUUUUGUCUUCGAAAGAUUCUUGCCUAUAAGAUUUUUAUCUCUUCUUCCUUGGUUCAUUCUUACUAGCUUUUUAAGGCGCAGUAGAAUGUAUGGUCAGGCUGGUGGACUCUCUGCGGCAAUUGGUGCAGUGCUAAUUUUGGGUAGGAAAAAUUUCGGCCCGCCAAGUGAAUUUGCCAUGGCAAGAAUUACUGAAACCUUCAUUGGAUUGUCUUGUUCAAUUAUGGUGGAGUUAAUUUUGCAACCUACAAGAGCUGCUUCUCUAGCCAAAAUUCAUCUAAAUAAAAGUUUAGGGUCACUGUUUGCUUGUAUUGGGUCAAUUAGCCUUGACUCCAAUAAAGACAAUGUGGUAGAUAAGCAAAAGAUACUAAAAUUGGAAGUUAGUGAGUUAAAAAAAUCCAUUGGAGAAGCUGAGGUGGAGCCCAAUUUCUGGUUUUUGCCUUUCUAUAGUGGCUGCUAUAGUAAGCUUUUGGUGUCUUUGUCAAAGAUGGUGGAUCUUCUGCUUUUUAGUGCUCAUGCAGUUGGAUUCCUCGAACAAGAAUCACAAAAAGUUGAAGGUAUCUCUUUGAAGGGAUACUUAAAUAAACUAAGUGAUGAUGUUCAACUUUUUAAAGAAAUGGUGGGUGGUUUAAUUAAAUGUUUAGAGGAUCUCUCUCUGUUGAAAUCCCUAACAUUUCUUGACAAGGAACUUGAAAAUAAAAACAUUAAUUACGAUCCUGAAUUGGGAAAAUCUCCAAAUCCAAAAAUGUUUUCUGGAAUUUCGGGUUCCGAUGAGGAAGAUGAGAUGGAGAAGAUUAUGAAUUCUUUUCUUCAAGAUUCAAAUGAAGUUGUAGAUAAGUUUCAAGAACUUGAAGAGAAUGAGAAGCAAAAGAGUCAAUUGGUCUUGUGUUUGGGUGCCCUAGGUUUUUGCAUGAAAAAUUUAAUAAAAGAGGCAAGAGAGAUUGAGAAAGGAAUUCAAGAACUUAUUCAAUAUGAGAACCCAGGAAACGACAUAAGUUUGCAUGAAAUUUCUUGUAAAAUCCAUGCUUUGUACAAUUGAAAAUUUGUACCACUUAAUUUACAAAGUGAUAAAUAUUCUUGAAAUUUGAAGUUGUAAUCUUACAUCAUAUUAACUAUUCUAGAACGAAAGAAAACUA